GCUGAUGCAACGUUUUGACAUUUCCUUCCAUUCCAUCCGAAUUCUAACCAAAGUUCUUACAUUAUUUUGCAUCGAAAUAUUGCUAAUUUUAUCGUAAAUCAUGGAGGACGAUAUGGUAUUUGAUCCAUCUUUGAAGAAAAAGAAGAAGAAAAAGAUCGGUUUUGAUAUGGACGCGGCGCUAGCAGAUCAGGGAGAAACAAGGAGCACGGAGACACCAGCCGAGACAGGUGACGUUGAAUUGCCGGAGGACGAUAACCUUGAUUUAGACAAUUUUGGCAAGAAGAAGAAAAAGAAAAAGAAGACGUUCUUUAACUUGGAGGAGAUAGAGAAUGCUUUGCCAGAAACUCCCCCAGCUGACGAGCCCGAGCCUCAAGAAGAGCAAGUGGUCGAUGACUUAGAUCUAGAAAUAGACUUCUCCAAAACGAAAAAGAAGAAGAAGAAACCUGCAAAAAAUAUUGAUGAUCUAGGAGUUGAAGAUGAUGUUAAAGGAGAAGAUCAGGAAAAUGUUGAAGAUUUACAUGGCGACUGGGUGGGCAGUGACCGUGACUACACAUAUGAUGAGCUUUUAGAGCGAGUAUUUGACAUAAUGCGAGAGAAGAACCCAAGUAUGGUAUCUGGUAAAAAGCAGAAGUUUAUAAUGAGACCUCCACAAGUUGUGAGAAUUGGUACAAAGAAAACUUCAUUUGCCAAUUUCACAGAAAUAUGUAAAACCCUUCAUCGACAGCCUAAACAUUUAUUGGACUUUUUACUGGCUGAGUUAGGUACUAGUGGCUCAGUUGACGGUAAUAGUCAACUCAUUAUCAAGGGUCGUUUCCAACAAAAACAAAUAGAGAAUGUGCUACGUCGUUAUAUCAAGGAAUAUGUUACAUGUCAUACCUGUCGCUCUCCCGACACCAUCUUGCAGAAAGAUACAAGAUUGUUCUUCCUUCAGUGUGAGACAUGUGGUUCACGAUGCUCUGUAGCCAGCAUUAAAUCUGGUUUCCAGGCUGUUACUGGGAAGCGUGCAGCUAUACGUGCAAAGACUGCAUAAAUAUUUAGUGCAUAGUGAUAUACUAAUUUUACAGUCGAAAACCUGGGGUACAUACAGUUACAAUUCAUUGCAAAUUUACUUGAUUUCACUAAGUAUGAAUUUGAUUGCAUCAAGUAAUGUUAAGAUAAGAAGAAGUAAUUUUUCUCAAUUUUGUGCAAUGACCGAUUGAAUUGAGGUAUAUUUAUAUACUUUUGAAUAAAUCUUUUAUUAGCUAAUAAUGUAUCAUGUGUAUAAGAUUAUUUUAUAUAUCUUAUGUAUUCUUUUCACUAUAAUCUCUACACAUCUUAUUUACUUAAGAAAAUCCUACUGUUAGGAAAAUCUUAGAAAUUUGUCCUAAAGUAAGAAUUGCCUAUAACUAAAAGAUAGAUUCUUGUGCUGUGAAGCUGGCCUUAUUACAACAGCUUGUAAUCUGAAAAAGUAAGUGAAUGUGCUCAAAUAGAUAUAAAUCGGUUACAACAAAGGUACUGGUACCUGAAUGUACCCCACACUAAUCUAACAUCUUUUAUGUAUAGCUCACAUCUGUAUUAUUCUCAUUGAUACACAAUGUUUUAUAAAAA